UUUCUUUGCUAGUUACUAAAGCUCAAUUAGUCAAUUUCGCUCUCAGGAGGGAGGGAGAGAGAGAGAGAGAGAGAGAGAGAGAGGAGAGUGAACGGAGAUGGUGAUGGAAGUAGAAGGAGGAAUAGCACCGUACAGCCCCCGCACUGUGGAGGAGGUUUUCACCGACUUCAAGGGCCGUCGAGCCGGCUUGAUCAAAGCUCUCACCACUGAUGUUGAGCGUUUUUACCAGCAAUGUGAUCCUGAAAAGGAGAAUCUUUGUUUGUAUGGAUUCCCGAACGAAGAAUGGGAAGUUAAUCUACCUGCUGAAGAAGUUCCUCCAGAGCUCCCGGAACCUGCUUUGGGCAUCAACUUUGCCCGAGAUGGAAUGCAAGAAAGGGACUGGUUGUCUCUGGUAGCUGUGCACAGCGACGCAUGGUUGCUUUCAGUGGCUUUCUACUUUGGUGCCAGAUUCGGUUUUGACAAGACUGAAAGGAAACGUCUCUUCACUCUGAUGAAUGAUCUGCCAUCUAUCUUCGAGGUUGUGGCGGGCAUUGAAAAGAGACAGUCAAAGGAGAAGUCAUCAGUUUCAAAUAACAGCAUCCAUAGGCCUAAGUCAAGCUCUAAAGGGAGAGGCUCUGAAUCGGUCAAAUAUGCAAAAGCAAUGCCAAAGAAUGAGGACGAGGGUCUGGAUGAGGAAGGUGAUGAUGAGCACGGCGAGACUGUCUGUGGUGCAUGUGGGGAGAGCUAUGCUGCUGAUGAAUUCUGGAUUUGCUGCGACAUAUGUGAGAAGUGGUUCCAUGGAAAAUGCGUGAAGAUAACCCCUGCCAGAGCUGAGCACAUCAAGCACUACAAGUGCCCGUCAUGCAGCAACAAGAGAGUCCGGCCUUGAAAUUACAAUGGGGGGUUUGUGCGUCCGCCCCCCUUGUAAGUAGUUCAUGUUGGAUAGAGUUAAGCUGACUACGUAGUAAAGGUAUCGGCGUGUGAGCCAUGGUGGCAUAACCCUUCUACUUAGUACUUUGUUCUUCGUGAUCUUGUUACUUGGAUGAUGUUAAUGUCUCGUAAUUAGUAGGAUCUAUAAACGGGGAUGCUAUGUCUAUUUUAUGCAGUUCUGUCAAAUGCUAAUGGCCCUAAAUUAGCCUGUCAAA